GCUUUUUCCGCUAUUGCUGCAAGUAGAGGCUGUACUAGAACAAUGACUACAGCGGCCGCGCUUCCCCGCGUUGCUAUUCUUGAUGACUACCAGAAAGUGGCUUUCAAGUUCGCGGACUGGUCAUCACUCAAAGAUCGCGUCUCAGUUGACGUUUAUUCCGAAACACUAACUGACGAAGAUGCACUAGCAGCACGAUUAGAACCAUACACAAUAAUAUGUGCUAUGCGGGAGAGAACUAAGUUCACUGCGUCUCUCCUCGAUAGACUUCCCAACCUCAAAUUUAUCGCUACAACUGGCCUUCAGAACAGAGGGAUUGACGUUGCCCAUGCCCGAAGCAAGGGCGUGGUUGUCUCCGGGACGCAGGGUGGGGGAAAUUCCACCCUAGAGCAUAUCUGGGCUUUGAUUCUUGCUACUGCAAGACAUAUUGCCGUAGAGGAUGCGGGUGUGAAGGCCAAGCGACAACUGUGGCAGACGACCAUUCCGAUAGGACUUUAUGGGAAAACACUGGGCUUGGUUGGAGUAGGUCGACUAGGAACUGUUACUGCAAAGAUCGCAAAAGCGUUCGGUAUGAACGUCAUUGGAUGGUCCCCAAAUCUCACGCCGGAACGAGCAGAAGCAGCGGGCGUGACAUAUAUCAAGACGAAGGAAGAACUUUUGCAGCGUAGUGACAUUGUGUCCAUUCAUAUGGUUCUUUCAGACCGUACUCGAGGUUUAAUCAACGCAAGCGAUCUUGCGGUUCUGAGGCCUACCGCCAUCUUCAUCAAUACGUCUCGAGGACCACUUGUCGACGAAGCUGCUCUUGUAGAGACAUUGCGGCAAAAGAAGAUAGCCGCAGCUGGACUGGAUGUUUUCGAUGUGGAACCACUCCCGUUGGACCACCCUUUGCGAAGUCUAGAUAAUGUUACCCUGAGCCCCCAUUUGGGCUACGUGAGUGAUGACAACUACAAGGUAUUCUGGUCACAAACUGUGGAGAAUAUCAUAGGAUUUCUCGAUGGACAGCCAAAGAGGGUGCUCGGUGCAGUUUAAAGUAGGGAAAGGAGCCCAUUGUGUGAUCCGAGACAGUCUGGUAGUACAUUCUUUAAAGUCUUCAUUCCUUGAGACCUGCAGUAACAGAACAAAGAACCAUGAUACCCUUAUUUGGACAUGCGCGA